CUUUGUAUGUGCGCAGCUGCAACAACACAGCGCAUGCGUUUAUCCGGUGAGAAAACGUUCAUAGACCCCCUCUAGUUCAGCCUAAAUAAAACAAUUUACGACUUUAAUCUAACGGUUGAAAUAAAUGAUGGCUCCUCAACCUCUCAUCAAGUCAAAUCAAGCAGAAAGAACAAUAAACGGACUCCCAACUCAAGUUGUCUGCACAGAAUUCAGCAACUACAUUUUCAUCGUUCUGACACAGUAUGGAAAAAUCGGGACACUUGUGUCUGUAACACCUGACACGAGGUCUGGUGACAUCAGUGUACCCAUGUUCACUUCCAGAGUACUUUUAGGAAAAGAUGAGCCUCUUACACACGUCUACGCCAAGAAUGUAGCAACGUUUGUUUCACAGGAAUCAGGCAACCGGCCGGUUCUGUUGGGGCUGUCACUCAAAGACAACGGCGCUCAAACUAUGAAAACUAUUAAGGAUAUGAUCAAAAGCUGCCAAGUCUGGUAAACAUGUUAUCUGUGGAGGUUAUUUAGAAUGUCCGCAGACUACAUUUAGACGAGGACAAGUGACAAAUUAUUUUUUAAACAUAAACACUUGUUGACAAGGUGAACUGUUAUUGUGACUUGUUGUUUGUGAGUUUGAAUGUUAGCUCUGAAACAAAGAUGACUCAAUUUUCCUGUCUUUGUGUUAUGGCAUCUGUCUCUGUGUAACAGAUUUGAACUGUAAUAUUUAUCUGAUUAAAGUUAUAUUUUCUUACCGCUUA